CAGCUGAUGGAGAGACACACACACAGACAGGCGCGCGCACACAGAGGACAGGUGAAGGUGUGGGCAGGUAGACAGCACAGAGACAGAAAGAGCUCAUUUUACCUGCAGCUCAGGUGAGAGAGGGGAGAGAAAGGCUGGAGCCGCAGUGUGCAGAGGGAGCCCCCUCACCUGGAAACAUGUACGUCAGUUACCUGCAGCUGGACAAGGACCCCGCCAUGUACCCGCACCAGACCUCCGUCACCCGCCACCCGGGCAUCAGCCUCAGCCCGCAGAACUUUGUCCCCGGCCCGCCACAGUACUCGGACUUCGCCGGCUACCACCACCACCAUCACCCCGGCCUCAACAAUGACCUGCACCCGGCGCAGCAGGCCGGGCCGGGCGGCGGCGGCUGGAGCCAGGUAUACCCGCCUCCUCCGCCCGCCCGGGACGACUGGUCCUCGCAUCACUACGCCGCUGCUGCCGCGGCCGCCGCAGCCGGGGGGGCACCCUCCUCCGGGCCCGGUGCGGUGGGUUCCACGCUCGGCUUCAGUCCCACAGAGUUCUCCGGACAGCCGCCCGCGCUGCUGUCCGCGUCCCUGAACGCGUCUGCGGGGCAGUUGUCCCCCGGAUCCCAGCAGAGGAGGAACCCGUAUGACUGGAUCCGACGCAGCUCUGCACCGCCCUCCAACCCAAAUGGAAAGACGCGGACUAAAGACAAGUACCGGGUGGUUUACACGGACCACCAGCAGCUGGAGCUGGAGAAAGAGUUUCACUACAGCAAAUACAUCACCAUCCGGAGGAAGGCGGAGCUCGCCACAGAGCUCGGCCUAUCAGAGAGACAGGUGAAAAUUUGGUUCCAGAACCGACGGGCAAAGGAGCGCAAGAUGAACAAGAAGAAGCUCCAGCAGCCGGCUUCUUCUACGACCACGCCAAACCCACCCAGCGGCACCAACGGCAGCGGAGGCGGCGGUGGGCUCCAUGGAAACGGUGGAAGCAGUGUGGGCAUGGUGACGAGCAGCAGUGGCAGCAACGGGCUGGUUUCACCUUCAUCCCUGCCUUUGAGCAUUAAAGAGGAAUACUGAGGAAAAAAAAGAUGUUCUAUUUGACGAUGACGUUGGGGAUGAGGACUAAAAAAAAAAAAAAACUCCCCAAUGAACUCAAAGACUUGUUGUCAUCCUGCAGUUUGCCAACUUGAAGCUUUAACUUGGUAAAAACUUGAGAAAUGUUCACCAGCAGCAGUCCUAUUUCUCCCACAAGACUGUUGUUGAAAAGAAAUCCUGAAUGUGAACAGAUGUGUGUUUGCUCGGAUGUCGUCAAAAGGACGUUCAGCAUCUUUGUUUGCUUACUAACAGCGAACUGACGAACUUCCUCCUCACCACCUGAUCCAUGACUGGGUCCAUCUUGUUUUUUCACAAAGAUGUCAAAAUGAUGUUUAAAAUGAUGUGCAAGAUUUGUCAGAUAUUUCCAUUUGAUGGAACUGAUGCAGCCACAAAAGCAUGACGUUGCUAUGAACAUUUCUUUCCAUUAAAUGUUAUCGAGCUGAAAGAAAAUCUGCAGAUACAGAUAAUGACCCACACUGUAAGACAGUGUGGAAUAUGUUUGUUUGUUGUUUUUAAACCUAAAGCUACUUAAAGAAGGGUUUGCAGGGGUUUAUUUUUGGCUUCACGAUGAAUCAAUAAAAAAAUAUGUGUACCAUGCUUUAUUGAGAAAUGUUUUCACUACCCAUAAAGGACAAUAACACUCAGUGACAGUAGCAGAAUCACUUUAUGAUCUUGUGUAUAAUUCAGAAAACAAACUCUAAACUCGAUAACUCCUGAGAACAAUAAAAGCAGCAAAGUUGGACGAG